AUGAAGUUCGUCAAAGCGCUUCUUGUUACAGCCUCGCUCACCAAGGCAUAUCCCAAGCCUCACAAGUCCGGUCAUGCAUUGUACUUCCUUGACAGCGACCCCCAGGGAGCUUCUGUUGUCUCACUCAGUAUUGCCAAGGAUGGCUCCCUGGGUCAGCCACAGAGAACCUCUACCGGCGGAAAGGGCCUUAUUAGCAACAAUGUGAACGGCACUGUGACGAUGGAUCCCCUUUUCUCCCAAGGCUCCAUCGUUGUGAGCGGAAACCGCUUGUUCACCGUCAACGCUGGAUCCAAUACUUUGGCCGCCUUCCAUAUCCCCAAGGAGAACCCAGCUCACCCGGUUCUUCUCGGAGAGCCUGUCGAUACCGUUGGCACAGUUCCCAACACAGUUGCCUAUUCUCGCAAGAACAAGCUUGCUUGCGUCGCCAAUACUGGCACCAAGCCGGGCGUCCAGUGCUUCACGGUCUCGGACUGCGAUGGUUUGAAGCCCCAAGGUAGCCUCAAGCCUCUUCCUGUCAUCAACCAGACAUCUCCUCCAACAGGUCCCCCAAACACUGUUUCCAACAUCCUCUUCAACCCUUCGGAGACGGCUCUUUUUGUAACCAUCAAGGGCAAUGGCAUGGAGAAUGGCUUCGUUUAUGCUUACAAGAUCGAGAAUGGCCGUGUGAGUGAGGAAGCCAUAAAGUCACAGCCCAAGAACUUGCCAGUUGCUUUUGGAAUGAGUUUUAUUUCAGAUACCUCAGCUGUUAUUUCCACGCCGGCUUAUGGUGCAGCAUUUGUGUCCAUCGCCCAUAGUCUCACUGUAUCCACCAAGACCAACAUUACAGUCCCAAAACAAAUGGCCACUUGCUGGACCGCGACUUCCGCUGGCUCUAGCUCUGUCUAUCUCCUCGAUGCCGCAGUUCCCGACGUCACUGCUCUUAACACUGAGACUAUGGCCAUCGGGCGCACUCUCCCCGGGUAUGCUGCUGGAAAGGGCAACUUCGAUGCUAUUAUCAGUGGUUCUAAGCUGUAUGCUUUACAGGCCGCUCCGGCGAUUGCUAUCUUUGACUUGAAGCGAGAUUCUUAUGGCCCAAAGGUUGUCGACUUGACCGGACUCGGAAACCGUGCUUCCUGGACUGGGAUGGCUGUUUACUGA